CCCCUACGAGUUUUUAGACUUGAUGUUUGAGUCUGGAUUUGCCAAUGUCUUCGAUGAUGUUGCUUUCGCCGUUCCCGUUAUGGCCCCGGGCAAGCGCCCUUUUUCGGUGGGGAAACCCACCAAGAUUAUUGACGUUAACCUUCUCCAUGUUUCGUCCUCCCACGCCAAUGAGUUUCUUUUGCGUGAGCUUGCGAAGCAGCACGGUCUCCGACUGACCGGUGUCCUGCAGCCUUGUGGUGGAUGCCUGCAGGCGAAGGGGAAGAAGGCGGGCGUGCCUCACCAAUUGGGCACGCGCGCGGAGCGGCCGCACGAUCUUUGGCACAUCGAUCUGUGUGGGCCGAUGACGGCCUCGCUGGGGGGUUCGUUUUUCAUGAUUAUGUUCGUGGACAGCUUCUCGCGGUGGAUGAAGCUGUACGGGAUGAGGCGCAAGUCGGACACCCUCGCCUUCGUCAAGAAGUUCCUCGCCGACAUGAGUGGCACCGGUGUCCCUCGCUCUUUCCGGAUGGACAACGGGGGGGAGUUCAUCGGACGCGACUUCAUCGCCUUCUGUGACAACGCCGGCAUCCGCCGUACGUACACGGCGCCGGGCACCCCGCAGCAGAAUGGUCCGGCGGAGAGUGCGAUCUGGCGCGUGAACAAGGCCGGCCACGCCGCUCGUCUCGAGGCACCCCGCCUGUUCCCCAAGAUCGACUUCACCCGCGUCCCCGGCUUCGGGCGCGAUGGCGAGCGACUCUGGCUAGAAUCGUGUCACUGGGCUGCCGGCGGCUUCAACCGUUCUCCGACCAAGGCAAACGUCGGGUACAAGUCGCCGCACGAGCUCUUCACCGGUCGCCCGCCACCGCUCCAGAUCGUCCCGUUCUUGCAGCCGGGGUAUAUGCGUGUGACGCGCGCGAGGAAGAUGGAUCCCCAGGCAGUGCUGUGCUGCUACCUCAACAACGGCGACAACCAUCACGAGUCGGCGGUCAAGGUCCUCAAGUUCGCGACGGGGCGCGUGUGCAUGACGAACAACGUCGUGUGGGUCUCCGACCGCGCGCCGUUGCUGACCCCGCCGCUGGAGCUGCCGGCGCCGGCGGACGAGGGGGGAGAUUCGAAUGUCGCCGCCGCACCGUUUCUAAUUGAGUAUAUUUCACCGCCUCUCUUACCCCCCUCACCGUAUGCCCGACCUCCCACUUCACCCGCUGCCAUACUCUCACAGGCGCCGCCGGCAACUUCCACACCACCAUCGCCGGCGGCGCCGUCUACCGCAGCCACACCACCGCCACCGUUCACCACCACCGCGCCGCCUGCAACGCCGCUCGCCGCCGCGCCACCGUUCACCACCACCGCGCCGCCUGCAACGCCGCUCGCCGCCGCGCCACCGUUCACCACCACCGCGCCGCCUGCAACGCCGCUCGCCGCCGCGCCACCGUUCACCACCACCGCGCCGCCUGCAACGCCGCUCGCCGCCGCGCCACCGUUCACCACCACCGCGCCGCCUGCAACGCCGCUCGCCGCCGCGCCACCGUUCACCACCACCGCGCCGCCUGCAACGCCGCUCGCCGCCGCGCCACCGUUCACCACCACCGCGCCGCCUGCAACGCCGCUCGCCGCCGCGCCACCGUUCACCACCACCGCGCCGCCUGCAACGCCGCUCGCCGCCGCGCCACCGUUCACCACCACCGCGCCGCCUGCAACGCCGCUCGCCGCCGCGCCACCGUUCACCACCACCGCGCCGCCUGCAACGCCGCUCGCCGCCGCGCCACCGUUCACCACCACCGCGCCGCCUGCAACGCCGCUCGCCGCCGCGCCACCGUUCACCACCACCGCGCCGCCUGCAACGCCGCUCGCCGCCGCGCCACCGUUCACCACCACCGCGCCGCCUGCAACGCCGCUCGCCGCCGCGCCACUGUUCACCACCACCGCGCCGCCUGCACCGCCGUUCGCCGCCGCGACACCGUUCACCACUGCCGCCUCGCCUCCGGCCUCACCGUUCACCACCGCCGCUGCACCGUCAGUAAUACCGUCUCCCGCCGCCGUGCCGCCCGGUGCCGCGCCUUCCACCAACAUGCCGCCGCUCACUACGAGGACCAUCCGUGAACUGGACGUGGGGCGCGGCGACAUGAGGGUUUCUGGGCGCACGAGGGCAGCCGCUAAGGACCAGGGGGGGGGGCGUGCGUCGUCAAUGCCGCCCCUCUCUGCCAGGGCCAAUCGAGAGCUGGACUUGGGACGAGAGACGCGGGUGCCAGGGAGGUUGAGGGGUCGGCGGGUGCGUUUCCAGGAUGGGGGGGCCGAGCGGUCGACGUCACCUGGCGGGAGCGGCGACGCUCUCGCCCACCGCUUCGGUCUUGUUUCCCUGCAGGACAAGGCAACGCUCCUGUCGACUCUAACCACUCGCAGCAUCGUCGAUGGGGGGAGGAAGGAGAUCCCGAGUUCAGCCGGAGGACGUGAUGGAGCGGAGCCGGGGGGGCGAGAGCGGGAGGGCACGAAAACAGAAGGACUGCGUGAAGAAGUCCCAUUUGCGUGCGCCACCUUGCUUGCCUCCCGCGAGGACAUUGAUCGCGCGAUGAGGGAUUUAGAUCCCCCGGAAGUGGCACCGGACUUGCCACAGUGCUAUGCGAGCGACUUGCGCGUACCCAAAACGUAUAGGGAGGCUGUGUCCUCUCAACAUGCUGACUUGUGGAUACACUCUGUAGAGAAGGAGUUCAGAGGCCUGAUGGAGGCUGGUACCUUUGAGGAAGCAUUUGUCCAGUCGGAUUUGGAUGAGGAUGUUUUUAUGCGUCUGCCAGAGGGGUGUGGUAGAUUAUCAGGUAUGAUCGUGAAGUUGAACAAGAGUCUAUAUGGCCUUAAGCAGGCAUCAAGGCAGUGGCACUCACACUUGGCGAGGUGUUUGAUUUGUUUGGGUUUUAUUCAGUGUAUGGCGGAUACGUGUGUGUUUCGGUUGAUUGAGGAGGGAAGAGUGGUAGUGACUCUGGUGGUACAUGUAGAUGAUAUAUUUUCGAUAGGAGAAGAGGAGAGGUGUGACCAGUUUGGCAGGGACCUCAACACCAUGGUACCUGUGAAGAAUCUUGGGGAUUUGAGAUGGUACUCUGGAUGUUUUUAUGAGAGAGAUUGGGAUGCAGGAACUUUGAAGAUCUCGCAGCAGACGUACGCUGAAGAGUUGGGGAUGGAGUUUGGGGUAGAGUACGGGAAGGAAAUUCCUCUUCCUGUAGGGUUGAAGCUUUCAGAGUUUGACCAGGAUGAGGAAGUGGUAUCAUGGCCUUUUCGUGAGCUGAUAGGAUCAUUGAUGUGGCUGGCAACGCAAACGAGGCCAGAUAUCGCGAAUGCAGUAAGAGCGGUGGCACGGUACUGUGCCUCUCCAAAAGAGAUUCAUUGGAGAGCAGGGCUUGGUAUUUUGGGGUAUGUGGUAAGGACUAGUGACUUGGGUAUUACAUUCAGGAGGGGUAGUGUAGCAGGAUUAAGCAUGGAGGUGUUCGCAGACGCAGACUAUGCAAGUAAGGCUGCCGAUAGGAGGUCUGUGUCAGGGGGAUUGGUGAUGUGUGGGGGGGGAUGUAUUUCUUGGUUUUCAAGGACCCAGAAGUGCGUCACGUUGAGCACGACAGAGGCGGAGUAUGUCUCUCUUGCGGAUGUGAUGAAGGAAGUGUUGUUUCUGAGGCAGGUGUGGCGUUUCAUGUUACCAGAAGCAGGCAUGCCAUGUAUUCCGGUGUUCGAGGAUAACCAAGGGGCUAUUCAGUUGGCGCAAAACCCGAUAAGCAACAGUAACUCGAAGCACAUCGACGUAAGGCACCACUUUAUCAGGGAACUGGUAGGCAGGAAGGAGAUUUCGAUUUUUCACGUGGAAUCGGCGUAUCAACAUGCUGACUUUCUCACGAAAGCACUUCACGCGGGAGAUUUUGAGUUUCAUCGUAACUACGUGAUGAGUAUGGAUUAAUAUCUUGGUGUUCGGGUUUAUUUUGUGUGUGAUCAAACAACUGGGGUGGCAACAUUUUACAUUUUUGCCUAUGGUUUUUCUCAAUGGAUGAUGUUCUAGGCUGGGGGGCAACAAGUUCACUGAAGUUCGAAGAAGUAUAACUGGUAUGAUCGGGGAUGGUUAUUGAUGUCUAGCCAAUGAGGCUAUUGUUCUAGAGUUGAGUGGAGUUUCUGAUUUUAUUUUCUUGUGUUUUGGAGUUGUUGAGGAUCGAAAAAGACAUGGCAUGGUCACAAGCAGGGGGGCUGAUAGAUAUACUUGUAGCAAUGCCAAGUGGUUGUAGGAUUGUGUGGUACGUGGAAUGUAUUUCCAGGAUGUGCAAGGUACCCCUGUUGUAUACUGCGUCGCCCCCUCAUGGUGGUGCGUGCACGCGUGCGUUCAGUUUUAUGUGAGUUCGUGUGUUUUAUGUAAGUUCAUGUGAGUUCAUGUGAAGAAGAAGUUUAUGCAACAAACCCUACACGUCUUUCCUCCUUGGCGCGAGCUCGCCGAGUUGCCGACACCCUAUUCAACACACGUCUUGCGACAAGCUACCCCCAGUUCGGAUCAUCCUAACACG